AUGGAGCCCACUCUCCACAACUCCACUGACUUCCUCCUCCUGGGCCUCAUCACCCGCCCGGCACUGCCCGGACUCAUCUUCACAGUGGUGUUCUCCAUCUUCACGGUGGCCGUCACCACCAACGUGGUCAUGGUUCUGCUCAUCCACGUGGACUCCCGCCUCCACACACCCAUGUACUUCUUGCUGAGCCAGCUCUCCAUCAUGGACACUGUCUACAUCUGUGUCACUGUCCCCAAGAUGCUCCAAGACCUGCUGUCCAAGGAAAAGACCAUUUCCUUUCUGGGAUGUGCACUUCAGAUCUUCCUCUACCUGACCCUGAUCGGAGGCGAGUUCUUCCUGCUGGGCCUCAUGGCCUAUGACCGGUACGUGGCUGUGUGCAAUCCUCUGCGGUACCCGCUCCUCAUGAACCGUAGGAUUUGCUUAAUCAUGGUUCUGGGCUCCUGGGUUGGUGGCUCCUUGGAUGGAUUCAUGCUGACGCCUGUGACCAUGAGUUUCCCCUACUGCGGGUCCCGAGAGAUCAACCACUUUUUCUGUGAGAUCCCAGCGGUGCUGAAGCUGUCCUGCAUAGACACAUCUCUCUACGAGACCCUGAUGUACGCUUGCUGCGUGCUGAUGCUGCUCAUCCCCAUUUCCAUCAUCUCUGUGUCCUACGCACGCAUCCUCAUCACUGUCUACCGCAUGAACUCUGCGGAGGGCAGGCGCAAAGCCUUCGCUACCUGCUCCUCCCACAUCAUGGUGGUGAGCAUGUUCUACGGAGCUGCCUUCUACACGAACGUGCUGCCCCAUUCCUACCAUACACCAGAGAAAGACAAGGCUGUGUCCGUCUUCUACACCAUCCUCACCCCCAUGCUCAACCCCCUCAUCUACAGCCUGAGGAACAAGGAGGUGGCCUCAGCUCUGAGGAAAGUGCUGGGGAGAUGUGCUUCCUCCCAGAGAAUAAGAGCAGGGUACCUGUCUAGGAAAUACUAG